GGUUGUCAACAAUUUUUAUGUUGAGUCGAUUCAUUGAAAACUGUACUCUAAUUUCAAUUGAACCUACGCUAUACGACUUGAUGGAUCCAAAUUAAUCAAUGUUUAGGUUGGACAUCGAGUUUUCAAGAAUAAAAAAAUAUAUGAAAUAAAAUAUGUGAGUAAAUAUGUAAGUAAACUCCUCAAACAAAGACACACUACUCAAUUAUUUGUGUCCAUUCCUUCUUCCCAUAUUGUUCCUGUUUGUGUUGUGUGUGUGUUUUGAAAUUGUGAAGUUGUUGAAGAUGCCGCGGCCAGGGCCAAGGCCAUACGAGUGUGUUCGAAGAGCAUGGCACAGCGAGCGUCACCAACCAUUAAGAGGUUCCAUCAUUCAACAAAUUUUCAGGGUUGUCACUGAAGCUCACACUCCAGCUACUAAAAAAAACAAAGAAUGGCAAGAGAAACUUCCUGUUGUUGUUCUCAAAGCUGAAGAAAUCAUGUAUUCCAAAGCUAAUUCAGAGGCUGAGUAUUUGAACUCUGAUACACUAUGGGACCGACUCAAUGAUGCUGUUAACACAAUUAUAAGAAGAGAUGAGACAACUGAAACUGGUGACCUUUUGCCCCCAUGUGUUGAAGCUGCACUUAAUUUGGGUUGCAAACCUGUUAGAACUUCGAGAAGUGAUCGGCAUAAUAACCCUAGGACAUAUCUUGGUCCAAGACCUCAACAGCCUCCUUCAGGGUCUCCUAAACCUGUUGUUGGAAAUCCCUUAAACUAUGCAAAAGUGACAACUCCUGCUCUUUCACCGAAUCAUGUGUCGGAUUCUAACCAGCAUGUUCAUCAAAAUAGUAAGCCGAGUGGUUCAGGUAACUAUCCUUACAAUUUUCCGCCGAGUCAGCAGCAGCCAUUGACAAUGGAAGCUAAGCCCACGAUGAAUAUGGGUUCAGUUUACCCCUUGUAUUACAGUGGCGAAACCAGAGAGCCUCAAGCUCAAGUAAGGACUACUGUAAGAGAUAAUACUUCUUCAGACAUGAUCUUUGUUGGCAGACCGGUCAUUACUCCAGUCCCUGAGCCUUCUGGAAUUGGCCUAUUGGAAAACUCCCGGUAUGGUAGAUUUCAACAUGUUGCUAACAGAAUUGUACAAGAAACAGCUUUAGGCACUCAGGAGUCACCAGGUGGGGAAUGUGAUUUAUCUUUGAGGUUGGGUCAGUGUCUGCAUCCUUGUUCAAGCGGCAAAAGUAGUUCAGCGUCUGAAAUAGAUGGCGUUGGUUUAGGUCUUUCUCAGGAGGGCAACAAGUAUAGUCAUAUGCCUUUGCAGAGGAAUAGAGAGCUAUUUCUGUACCCUAGAGGAGCUGGUCAUGGUACCAUUGACUCCAGUUCUAGAGGCAAUGUAGAGGGCGAAGAUCAGAAUUUAGAGGCGAUGUUUCGGAAGCGCAAAGCACCUUUAGCUAACAAUGAAGAGGAUGGACAAUUUUGCCGGCAUCUAGGGGUCCCAUCCAAUCGUUUUACUGGUAGGCCAGGUUCGUAGAUAGUCUUUUUGUUGUGUCAUAUAUGUUUAGCAAUUCAAGAUGAUCCAAAAUGUUGUUGAAUCCUCUUAUGUAGACUCUCUGCUUGUGAAAAAAUUUAGAAGCUGGCGUUGAGUUACUAGUUGCAUUGCUGCAAAUGUGAACUGUAUAUAAAAAUCUUAGCUUGCUUUCUUUCAUUUCUGCUUUGGCUCUUAUUAGAUUAAAAGAGAAAAGUGUGAAAUUUGAACUUUUGAAAUGGAGUGUCUAUAAGCAACCA